CAGCUCGUCGGGAAACUAGCAAAAACUCUGAAAACUCCCGCAGAACACAGCGAGCGGCUCAGCCUGGAAAUGACAGCGAGAUCACAGGGUCACCCCAAGUUCCAGCCCCAGACUCCAACUUCGCAACUGCUGCGAGAGCGCCAGAGGUUCUUCGAAGAUGUCCUCGAACACGACGUGGACCUGGGCUAUCCACAGAUCCAACUGCUGAGGGAGCAUUGGCGGCCUCCUCUGGACAGCGUCUCCUCUAUGGAGGUGAAUAUUGACUCGUUGGAGCUGUCAGAUCCUCUGGAAAUCUCAGAAGUGGAUCCCAGCGAUGCGUUUCAGCAGUCAGAUGAUCACGUUGGUUUAUUAACACCGUCAGCUGACAAUCCAAGCAUCAGUGGCUUCAGCUUCCCCCUGUCUCCGACCUCUGAGACGUAUCCAGCAUAUGAUGAUGACACGGCGGACGGAGAAGAGGAAGCUGCAUGCGUACGAUCCACAGCCCCCGGCGAACCCGACAUCCCCAUUCCAGAUAGCAUAAGCUCUGACCGCACUGAGAAAACCGCAUGCGAUUUCCAUUAACACUUCCUCCACAAAGUGCCCCUUAUUUAGUAUUGGGAAGCAAGGACUGUGCUACGUGUCACGGAGACACUCAGCCUUCUCUCAGACGUCCGUCUCUGAAUCUGUAUAUAAGGAAAUAUCCACGCGUGGAGCUUCGAGAUUGUUACAGAUCUUUCUCGAGAUAUAAAGGUGUUCUGGUAUAUAUAGGUAUCAUAUGCUGUUGAAGUCUGUAUGGUGAGGCCGUCUCUGUCUCGCCAGAUACGUGGGACUUAGGUCCGAGCCAUUGCGCAAGGCCACAGUCAAUACAAUUAACCUUGAACUUAUAACUUAUCCGGCUAAAGCUCAUUAAGUGAAACUUUAAAGGGAUCUCCCAACUUUUUUUAUUUUUAGUAACAAAUUAAAAACUACUAAAACGUA